AUGGGUGUGCGCGCCGUUCAUUUCCGAGGCUGUCUCGAGGGCCGGCUUGAUGCCACUUGUCACUUCGUCGUACAAUGCUAUAUAAUAGAUGGUUAUCUAUUGAGGGCAUUUGUGGAAAGAUGGCAUCCUACCACAUGCACGUUUCAUUUGCCUGUUGGGGAGAUGACCAUCACUCUCGAUGAUGUCAGUACACUGAUAGGGCUUCCAGUUGUUGGUCGUGCCUCGUGCGGUGUAUACCCUGAUUCGAAAGCUAUGGGAGCUGGGGAGAGGACACUGAAAUUGGGAUGGUUACAUCGGACCUUCGGCAAGAUUACCGCGAGGGACUGUGAGAUGAAAAGGUUAUACGCUAUUAGGGCGUAUAUUUUGUAUCUCUUAGGUUGCACAAUUUUUGUGGACAAGACGGGCUCGCUGGUUAGCAUUGAGUGGUUGUGGUUCCUUGAGAAUGUGGAUACUAUUGGCGAGUAUGCUUGGGGAACCGAGUGUUUAUGCUUCUUAUAUCGCGCGUUGUCAAAAGCGUCGAAGGCUACAACUGCACAACUGAACGGAUACUUGACGCUCUUUCAGGCGUGGAUUUACGAGCAUUCCCCAUCCUUCAAUCCAACAUUUCAGCCACAGUUUGAGGGGUACUUGGCCAACCGAUGGGUGUAUCCGAUGAAUUCGACGACAAAUGUGGAACGAGCACGGCAUUUGCAUUUGAUGUUAGACGAGUUGAAACCGGAUGAGGAGUUAAUAGUAAACAUAUUCGCGCAGGUUAUGUAG